AUGCUCUAAAAGUCAAACUACGUACAACAAAGGCAAGAAUCACGAUUAACAUUCAAACCACCAACGAUUAGGGACUGUCACAGAUACAUCGACAAAAUGGAUUUCUCAAUAGGAAUGGAAUGGAGUGAAGGCGAAGAAAAGAUGCAUCAUCUCCUGCGUGUGCCACCACAGGACAACCCCACAUCAACACAUCUCACGGCUCAAGCAUCGGCUAUGUUCCAGCGCGCCCCUCUGCUCGCAUUUGGUACUUUGGACGCCCAAGACAGACCCUGGGUCACACUCUGGGGCGGAUCCCCCGGAUUUACAGAGACAAUCGGCGGAGGCGCUGUAGGUACAUUUACGCUUGUAGACGGCAAGCAUGAUCCCGUCGUACAAGCGCUGGUAGCAGGCAGCAAGGGAUUCGAAAAGCCGCGAGAAAGAGAAGACGCAAAGCUUGUUGCUGGACUAGCCAUCGAUCUCAUGACGCGGAAAAGAGUCAAGACGGCUGGCCGCCUUGUUGGCUGCAUGGUGCGCGAGAUCGAAGGCAAAGCUGAGAGCGACGAUGCUCCAGCAGAACCACGACAUAUGAUCCAAGCUGUCACGAUGAUCGAGCAAAGUCUAGGCAACUGUCCUAAAUACAUCAAUCAAUAUGAGAUUCAUCCUGCACUUGUUUCGUCGAAACUAGUCGCCGAAGGUCCCUCGUUGUCAGACGAAGGCCGAGCCCUAAUAUCAGCAUCCGACAUGUUCUUCCUCAGCAGUAGCACCUCGGACGACAUGGACGUCAACCACCGCGGCGGCCCUCCAGGCUUCGUCCGCAUCAUCUCCCCUUCAGAAAUUGUAUACCCAGAGUACUCGGGCAACCGCCUCUACCAAUCCCUCGGCAACCUGCAACUCAACCCCAAAAUCGGCCUCGCAUUCCCCAACUACGCCACCGGAGACAUGCUCUAUAUAACCGGCCGCACCCAGAUCCUCGCCGGCAAAGACGCCGCAGACAUUCUCCCAGGCAGCAAUCUCACCGUCAAAAUCACUAUCCAAGACUCACGUUUCGUCAGCGCCGGCCUGCCCUUCCGCGGCAACAGAAAAACACAAAGCCCAUACAACCCGCGCGUCCGCCCCUUGGCUUCCGAGGGGAACCUGAAAUCCAGCCUCAUACCAUCACCAUCACGUAGUCAAACCGCACAUUUGACCAAAAAAACCCUGCUCACACCCAGCAUCGCCCGCUUCACCUUCUCCGUCCCAGACGAUCCCAGCUUCAGCUACACGCCCGCCCAAUGGAUAGCACUGGACUUCAAACAAGAACUCGACACGGGAUACGAGCAUAUGCGCGACGACGAUCCGACCAGUCUGAAUGACGAUUUCGUACGCACGUUUACUAUUUCUUCGACGCCUCCUUCGUCGUCGUCGUCGUCAUCUUCUUCCGGUGCUGCUGCUGGCGAAUUUGACAUUACGAUCCGGAAGGUUGGGCCCGUGACCAAGUUUCUGUUCCAGACGAACGAGAGGGCGGGGCUGCAAGUCCCGAUUUUGGGGGUUGGAGGGGGAGAUUUUGUUGUUAAGCAAGGUGACCAAAAAGGGGUCGUGGUGCCGUUUGUAGCUGCGGGAGUGGGGAUUACGCCUUUAUUGGGACAGAUAGAGCAGGUGGAACUUGUGCCUGAGAGGUUUCGAUUGUUUUGGGCAGUGAGGAGGGAGGAUGUUGGAUUUGUGCGGGAUACGUUUGCGAGGUAUCCGGGGCUUGCGGCUUGUACGAGAGUAUUUUUGACGGGGGAGGAGAAGCUGGAGGGAGAGACGGAUUUUGGAGAUGCGGUUGUUGAGAGGAGAAGGAUGGGGAAGAGUGAUUUGGAGGAUGUAGAGGCGGAGGUGUGGUAUAUGUGUGUUGGGAAGGGGAUGAGGAAAGAGGUGUUGGGGUGGCUGGAGGGGAAGAAGGUGGUUUUUGAAGACUUUGAUUAUUAAGGAUAUUUAGUGAUUAGUUAAGCUUUCUUGAAAAUGGUAAUCUAUCAAUAUUCCAUCAACGUGUACAGCCUUCGUUCCUUAGGCCUUGCGUUUUCUAAUCCUUACUCCAACCUUGCCGGUUGG